CUCAAAGUCUACACAGCUCAGACGUUGUUCCCCCGCUUUCACAGAUUUGACAGUUUAAAGACGGGUGUAAGCCUUUAUAUAUACAGUCUAUGGUGUAAGCACCAUGUGGUGACAUGUAACUGAAAAGCCCAUACAUUGUAGAUCAGUGAUUCAACAUCAGGGAAUUAGCUUUUCGGAAACAGAAAGUGAAACUUACUGACAUUCACUGUCGAGAAAUGGCGCAGCACGUGAGUCUGUCUCAGGAAAAAUGUAGCUGUUCGAUCUGUCUGGAUAUUCUAAAGGAUCCGGUAACUAUUCCCUGUGGGCAUAGUUAUUGCAUGAGCUGUAUUAAAGACUGCUGGGGUAAGGAGAAUGAGGAGAAAACCUACAGCUGCCCACAGUGCAGGCAGAGCUUCACACCGAGGCCUGCCCUGGUGAAAAGUACCAUGCUUGCAGAGUUAGUGGAGGAACUGAAGAAAGUAGGGCUUCAAGAUGCUUCACCUGAUCUUUCCAUUGCAAAACCUGGAGAUAUGGUCUGUGAUUACUGCUACGGGGUGAAGCUGAAAGCCUUCAAGUCCUGUCUGGUGUGUAUGGCCUCUUUCUGUGAGCAACACCUCCAACCUCACUUUGAUGUAGCUUCAUUAAAGAAACACAAGUUGGUUGCAGCCACCUCAAAGCUUCAGGAGAACAUCUGCUCUCGUCAUGACGAGGUGAUGAAGAUUUUCUGCCGCACUGAUCAGCAGUGCAUCUGUUAUCUCUGCUCCAUGGAUGACCACAAAGGCCAUGACACAGUCUCCGCUGAAGCAGAGAGGGCUGACAGGCAGAAGGAGCUCGGGGUGAGCCGGGAAAAAGUCCAACAGAGAGCCCAGGACAGAGAGAAAGACGUCAAGGCGCUUCAACAGAGGGUGGAGGCUAUCAAUCGCUCUGCUGAUGAAGCAGUGAGGGACAGUGAGAAGAUCUUCACUGAGUUCAUUCAUCUCAUUGAGAAAAGAAGCUCUGAGGUGAAGCAGAAGAUCAGAUCCCAGCAGAAAACCCAAGUGAGUCAAGCUCAAGAUCUUGAGGAGAAGCUGCAGCAGGAGGUCACUGAGCUGUGGAGGAAAGACGCUGAGCUGCUGCAGCUCUCUCACACCGAGGACCACCUGCAUUUCCUAAACAACUACCCCUCACUGUCACGUCUGAGUGGGUCUGAAGACUUACCCAGCAUUGAUAUCUGUCCUCUGCGCUUAUUUGAGGAUGUGACCGUGGCGGUGUCAAAGACCAGAGAUAAACUGCAGGUUGUUGUGACUGAGGAGUGGGAAAACAUCUAUCUGGCAGUGACUGGAGUGGAUGUUUUAAUGACCCAAGCAGAGCCCAGAACCAGAGCUGAAUUCAGGAAAUAUUCUCGUCAAAUCACAUUGGAUCCAAAUACAGCACACAGGCGGUUGUCAUUGAGUGAUGGGAACAGAAAAGCAACACGAAUGGCAGGAGAUCAGUCAUAUUCUGCUCAUCCAGACAGAUUUGUUGCAAAUUGUCAGGUCCUGAGUACAGAGGGUCUAACUGGACGUUGUUACUGGGAGGUGGAGUGGAGCGGGAGAGCUUUUAUAGCAGUGGCAUACAAAGAUAUUAGCAGAACUGGGACUGGGAAUGAAUGUGGAUUUGGAUUAAAUAACAAAUCUAGGGCAUUAAGGUGUAACGGUGGUGGUAAAUAUGAAUUAUUCUCUAGCAAUAUUCCUACUUCCAUCUCAGGCCCUCAGUCCUCCAGAAUAGGAGUGUACCUGGAUCACAGAGCAGGUUCUCUCUCUUACUACAGCGUCUCUGACACCAUGACCCUCCUCCACAGAGAGCAGACCACCUUCACUCAGCCUCUCUAUCCUGGGUUUUGGCUUCCACAAGGUUCUGGAAGCACAGCGGAGUUGUGUGAGCUGAACUAGACCGAAGUUUAAAGAGUGUGUUAUCUCUCUACAGUUAAUGUUGAGGUGUGUCUGCACUCCAGAGAGCAAACCUAUUAUAGCCUUCUGUGAUUUUCUCUUUUGGAUCUUUUGUCUGUGUAUUUCGUACGUUAUAUUUUCGAAACAUUUUCAAUUCAUACUAUGCUUGGAAAAAUACUACAUUUGCAAAAUGUCUAAACGGAUUUGAUAUAAACAGGAGUUAUUAUGUAAAAGAAAAAAGUGUCAUUAUGUAAAAAUGUAUGAAUGUAUUUGGAAACUUAAUAAUAUGUAAAAUAUAAUUUAGUAUGCUACAUAAUGGUGUUUAUACUGCAUUCUAUGUUGCUCUAGUUCUGAUAAUACAAAUUCCAUCUACUUCAUUAAUGUGACCAAAAAAGUAUGGGUACAAUUUAAAUGUAAAAUUGUUUGAAAUAGCUUGUUAAUCAUCUUUUUAAGGGUAAAUUCAUCUGUCUUUACAAUGUAACACGUUUUGGGAAUCAUUUAUAAAAAGUGUAUGUUCAAAACUGUAAAAAUAAAUAAAUAAAUCGA